CUUUGUACUGCCUUUUUUUCUAAAGCUGACUGGUUUGGUAAAGCAGGCUCAAACUAUUGUGUUGGUGUUUUCAAAAUGUUUAUAUUUUAAAGAGAUUGGAAAUGAAAGUGUAUAUAUUAUUAGUUGUGGCGCUUUUCUUCUGCCUGUCCCUGGGGUGUGAGGAUGGCUGGUUCUACCACCCACACACCCAAACCUGUGUGCAUCUGGUUAAUGAGAAGAAAAAUUUCUCAGACUCUGACGAGUAUUGCAAGGCCCAUGCAUCUAAUCUGAUGUACAUAGAGGAUGUAGAAAUGGAUAAGUUUGUUAAAAAUUUAAUUUUGAAAAACUCAUCAUAUCGUUUUGGAAUUUAUCUCAGUGAAAAUGAAGGUCUAUACUGGGAAAGAGAAAAAGAGAACGUUUCCUACCAGGGAUGGCAGACGUCGGACGAUGAGAUAUUUUAUACGCGAGCAGUGGCAACAACAUCGGGUUGGAUGUCUGUUCCAGAAGAUGACAGACAUCCGUUUAUUUGCCAGGUUGACGCGGUUUCAGAUUUUGUAAACUUUUUGGGGACAGAUUCCUACGUUAACGGCAAAUACUUCAAACAUUUUCCUUUUGCUGAAAGCUGGAGUGACGCAGACAAGUUUUGCCAGUCGACAUUUUACAAUGGUAGACUCGCAGAGCCUAUUAGUGAUGCUGAAAAAAAACUCAUUAAGAUCAUGGCUGAAAAAAUAAAAUUUAUUUCUUGGAUUGGUGCUAGCGAUACCACAGAAGAAGGAAUAUUUAGGUGGAACAAGUCUGGCGCUAUUUUGAAAAGCAAUGAUGGUUGGUGGGCAAAAACACAACCCGACGACUACUAUGCAGGAGAAGACUGUGUUCAAAUAAUCUGGAGUACCAUGAUAAAUGACUGCACCUGUUAUUAUCGGUAUCCUUUCUUCUGUGAAUCAGAAAUUAACGCAUCCAACUAUACGAAAGAUCCUUGUUUUCCAUAUAAAGAAACAGAGAGCGAAAAUGGCGUUUGUUAUAAGAAGUUUAUUAUGCAAACGAAAUGGAUUAAAGCUAAUUCAGAUUGUGUUGAAAACGAGCCUGAACUGAAAUUAGAAUCGGAGUUAACCAAUAAUGAAAGAAAGCAGUCGGAGAGUAUUGUAAAUCAAAGAUAUGACACAUAUAGUUGUAAAGACGGCUUCAGAUACCACGUGGAAUCAAACACAUGUCUACAAUUGUUUACAACCGAGAAAACCUAUUAUGAAGCCGAGAGAUAUUGCCAGUCGUUAUCAACUUGGGAUUUCAGAAAAAAAGACAAAGGGAGAAUGGUAGAAGUGCUGAACAGGAACAUGGAUUCUUUCAUAAAAAGCUACGUUGUAUCUUCUCAAAUGAUAGGAUUCAUUGGUUUGUAUCGUAACAUUUCUGAGUCAUUCAUUUUGGCUGACACACUGAAGAAAGCUGUAUACUUUGGAUGGAGUCAAACUCCUACGGCCGUCAAAAAAACGGUUGCAGUUAACAAAGAAGGGUGGGAAACAUUCAGCCCACGUGAUAAGCUGUUGUUUAUUUGUCAGAAAAAAUACGGUGAGUAAUAUUUAAAAAUAUUUCUGUUUUAGGUUCUACUCGACGACUCAGUGUCCAGUUUGGUCUGUCGCCAACACUGCAUCAACACAAACCAAUACGUCCUUACAGCCACAUUAUUCUUAUAAAAGCCUUUUGACUUCAAAUGAAUUCACGUUUAUAGACUCGAACCAUCGCCCACUUCGAUAGG